GUUGCCGCCACAAACAUGAACGAGACGAGCAGCCGGUCUCAUGCCGUCUUCACUAUCGUUUUCACACAGAGGAAAUAUGACAGCGAGACAGACCUGUCCACAGAGAAGGUCAGCAAAAUCAGCCUGGUGGAUCUGGCAGGAAGUGAGCGUGCUGACUCAACAGGGGCCAAAGGAACCAGACUGAAGGAGGGAGCAAACAUCAAUAAAUCUCUAACUACACUAGGAAAGGUUAUUUCGGCCCUGGCUGAGGUGGAUAAUUGUACCAGCAAGAGCAAGAAAAAAAAGAAGACAGACUUCAUUCCUUACCGAGACUCAGUGUUGACAUGGCUGCUAAGAGAGAAUUUAGGAGGGAACUCGAGGACUGCUAUGGUGGCCGCCCUGAGCCCUGCUGACAUUAACUAUGAUGAAACUCUCAGCACACUCCGAUAUGCGGACAGAGCCAAGCAAAUCAAGUGCAACGCCGUCAUCAACGAGGACCCCAACGCCAAACUGGUGCGGGAGCUUAAGGACGAGGUGACACGGCUGAAGGACCUGCUCCGUGCUCAGGGCCUAGGGGACAUCCUGGACAUCGAGCCAAUGGGGGAUGAUUGCCUUGGAAGUGGAAUCAAAUCACCUAUGGGCUGCCUGACAGCCUCUCCGUCCUCAGGCUCUCUGUGCAGCCAGGCAGGGUUGCAGUCCGUUUCAAGCAUCCAGGAGCGCAUCAUGUCCACGCCGGGCGGAGAAGAGGCCAUCGAGAGGCUAAAGGAGUCUGAGAAGAUCAUAGCCGAGCUGAAUGAGACCUGGGAGGAGAAGCUGAGGAAGACUGAGGCCAUCCGUAUGGAGAGAGAGGCGCUGCUGGCAGAGAUGGGAGUGGCCAUACGGGAGGAUGGGGGAACCCUGGGUGUCUUCUCUCCCAAAAAGACCCCUCACCUGGUGAACCUGAAUGAGGAUCCUUUGAUGUCAGAAUGUCUGCUCUAUUAUAUCAAAGAUGGAAUAACAAGAGUGGGCCAGGCAGACGCAGAAAGACGUCAGGAUAUCGUUCUGAGCGGAGCGCACAUCAAGGAGGAGCACUGUAUCUUCCGCAGUGAGAGGAACCCCAGCGGAAAUGUAAUUGUCACUUUGGAGCCAUGUGAGGGAUCUGAAACAUAUGUGAACGGAAAACGUGUGAAUUCUGCUGUCCAGCUGCGCUCAGGUAACCGCAUUAUCAUGGGAAAGAACCACGUUUUCCGGUUUAACCACCCUGAGCAGGCCCGCGCUGAGCGCGAGAAGACCCCGACAGCGGAGACCCCUGUAGAGCCAGUGGACUGGACCUUUGCCCAAAGAGAACUGCUGGAGAAACAGGGUAUCGACAUGAAGCAAGAGAUGGAGAAGAGGCUUACAGAAAUGGAGAUCCUGUACAAAAAAGAGAAGGAGGAAGCGGACCAGCUACUUGAGCAACAGAGACUGGAUGGAGACUCUGAUAGUGGUGAUGACUCUGAUAAGAGGUCAUGCGAGGAGAGCUGGAGACUCAUCACUUCUCUACGAGAGAAACUUCCUCCCAGCAAGCUCCAAACCAUAGUCAAAAAGUGUGGCUUACCCAGCAGCGGUAAAAGACGGGAGCCUAUCAAAAUGUACCAGAUCCCUCAGCGUCGUCGUCUUACAAAGGACUCCAAAUGGGUCACCAUCUCUGAUCUGAAGAUCCAGGCAGUCAAAGAAAUUUGCUAUGAGGUGGCACUGAAUGAUUUCCGUCACACCCGUCAAGAGAUCGAGGCUCUAGCUAUAGUAAAAAUGAAGGAGCUUUGUGCCACCUACAACAAGAAAGACCCGAAUGAACGAGAUUCUUGGAGAGCAGUAGCUCGAGAUGUUUGGGACACUGUAGGGGUUGGGGACGAACGAAUUGAAGAUGUCAUAACCAAUGGACGAGGCGUGACUGACAUGGAUGACCUAAAGGUGCACAUUGACAAACUCGAAGACAUCUUGCAAGAGGUAAAAAAGCAGAACAACAUGAAGGAUGAAGAGAUUCAAGCUCUCCGGAAUAAGAUGUUGAAGAUGGAGCAAGUCAUCCCACUGAUUUCCAAUGAGUCACCGGAGAAAACCACUCGCAGUGGACCCAUGAGGGCCCGCAGUUCCAGCGAGGGUAAAGCUCCAGAGGAGAGGCCCAACUGUGAACAGUCAGACGAGCAGGUGUCUAGGAUGACGGAUGAUGAAUCUUCAUUUCGACGUGGGCGUAUGAGGUGGAUGCGACAGGAGCAGGUACGCCUCAAGAACCUCCAGCAACAGGAGAUUUCCAGGCAGCUCCGACGGCAAAAUGGACCCCACCGCUUCAUCCCACCUGAAGACCGCAAGCUGCGCUUCCCCUUCAAGAGUAACCCCAAGCAUCGAAACUCCUGGACACCUGGCACUCAUAUCAUUAUAACAGAUGAACAGGUUAUUGAGAUGAAAGUACCCAAAGAAGUGGUCCAGGAAGAGGACGACUCUGAGGAGGUCGCAGGGCCCAGAGAGCAAGUGGGACCAACCAUCCAGACGUAUCCCACUCUUCCCAGUCCCAUGGGUCAACGUAGAAGCAAAGAUCUAGAGCAGGGCCUGAGUCACAGACAUAAUCAAAGCCACAAACUCCAUGAACGAGGCCGUAGUAACUCCUUCAACAGCAGCCAGCGAGCCUCGGACUCUACGGAGGCCCUCAAUUCUGGCAACAGGAAGCCUCCUCACCCCCAAAUGGCCUUUUACCAGCCACGCUACAACCAAAACCAGCAUAAUUAUCCGCAACAUCAGCAUCCACAGUUCUAUCAUUACAAUACUGAUGCCAGCAACAACUACCCGCAGUACCCACCCAAUCAGCAGCCGAGCCACCACAACAAUUUUUGCACCCCACCCCGUAUGCGUAGGCAAAUGUCCGCCCCCAAUUUGAAGGGCGGUCGAGAAACCACAGUGUGAUGUUGGAAGCAAGGGCAUAGGUUCAUGUACAGAACUAGUUGACACUACAAAUCACACAUCACAGACUCAUCAAAGCAUUGGACAGCUUGUCCCUAAACUGUUUUAUGGCACUUGUUUUAAAGAAUUUAAGGUUAUUGUCAU